AUGCCGACGCAGGAUCUUGAGGAGAUCUUGCCGCACUUGGUGGAUGAAGGCCUUCCAGACGGUGGCGAGUUUCUGGUGGCGAAUUUGGGCGAGGGCGAGCGCACCGCGUCCCUCAUUGCGCUGAUGGUCUGGCAUGGCUUCCUACCCAUGUCUGGUGUGGGCAUGCUGUUGGGGAAGAUGCACCUCCAGCGAUGUGUUUUGGAACCGAGCAAAACACAUGUUGGAAAGAAGGUCAAAAAGCGCGCGAAAGCUUUCCGGCUUUCUGUGAAUGAGGCAUGGUCAGAGGUUGUCGACAACAUUCAGCGCCACACGUGGACUUCGGCACCAGGUGAUUGCUGGUUGUCGGACAAAAUGGCGCAGGCGUACAAGGACGUGGAAAGCCUUGGCUCAAAGUGGCUGAGAGGUGGCAUUCGGUUUCUUUCCAUAGAGUUGUGGAAUUGCCAAAAUGGUGAUCUCGUCGCCGGAGAAAUAGGCUACACGUGUGGCAGCACCUACAGUAGCUGCACUGGCUUCUCCAUCAAAGACAAGUACCCAAGCGCAGGAUGUGUGCAGCUAGCAGCGCUUGGGGCAUGGCUUGCGAAGCAAGGAUUCCAGAUUUGGGAUCUUGGAAUGGAGUUAGACUACAAGCUGGAGCUGGGGGGACAAGUUGUUCCGCGAGUGGAAUGGGCCGCGAUGGUCCGCAAGCUGCGCCACCAGGAGACGGCACUGCCAACCCCUGCAGGCGAUGAAGCCAACGCUUUCAGCUUGUUGAGAAUACUUCUGCCGGACCAGGCGGCAGUUCCAAGCGAACUUUCAGAGCAUCUGGUUGCCGAAGGCACAGAGGCAACUGAAAAAGGCAAAAAGACGAAAAAGUCCAAAGCAUCGAGGCCGAGCGACGAUCCGAUGCAUCCAUCGGCUCCGACCUUCGCUUUCUCUUAA